AUGACGGUGACUCUGGAUGAUGUGCAUGCCCUGUUUCACCUUCCGAUAGCUGGUACAUUUUUUACACCAGUUCAUAGGGACCAGACGACGGUGGUGCAUGCGUUAGAGGUUGAUGAGCUGACUGUGCUUAAGGAGUUUGGUGACACUCGACGCUUCCACCUCAGGAUGUCUUGGCUGAGGAAGGUUUAUCAGCAGCUUGUCGAUGCGGAGAGGUACAAGGUUGCCGCUAGGGCGUACAUGCUACAUCUAGUGGCAUUGGCUGCUCUAACGAUACUAUACACGGCGCUUAAUGCUGCUUCUCGUCCUGACACCAGACAUCUUGCUGGUUAUCUGAGCUUGCUACAGUGUUGGAUCUACGAGCACUUCCCUUGCAUCUGUGAGCGGAGGACCCAGGGUUGUGCGGCUGCUGACCCUUGUACGAUGAGGUGGAAGGCUAGACAAACCCUUCCAGGAGAGACACCCUUGAUGGAGUACAGAUGGAGGCUGGAUGCUCUAAUGAUGGAUGAUGUCAUCUGGACACCAUAUACAAGUCACCGUUCUCAUCAUCCUUCUGAUGUAUCUUCCUUAUAUUCAGGGUAUGUCAGAUGGGAGAGCCAUGUGGCUAUGCACUUGCCUGAGUGGUGUCUACGUCAGUUUGGUUAUAUACAGGGCAUCCCACGGCCGGUCUCGGAGGCUCUAACUGGUGGCAUUGAUCGUUGGUUUCAGAGUCAUAUCCUCAGCCCCCCGUGA